AUGAAUUUGGAACGUGAGUUGAAAGAGUUAAAAGCGGUGAUUCGUUCGCUAUUGAUAUCGCAUACCAACCAGCGUAUGACCAUAGCAGAACUUCAGGGCGAUUUUCAACGUAACGAAGGUUGUCCAAUUCCUUUCGCCAAAUUUGGUUAUGAUAGUGUUUUAAAGCUUCUCAAGUCUUUACCAGAUGUAGUGCAGGUGUGCUUCACGUCGUUUUCCAAUGUAUGGCAAUGGGUUAGCAUGAUGAACGUGCCGGUCAAUUCGGUGAAAUUGUCUAGUACGAUUGCCAAAGUGAGGGCGUCGGAUUACUUCACCAUUGCAGAGAACGAAAUCGUGUCUAUUAUGUACAUUCUCAAUCCGAAUCGAAUCUGGCUGCGCAGUGUCAAACAGGACCAGAUAAUAAGCAAGCUUCAGCGUGAAAUGAACCAGUUCUACAAUAAUAUUGGUUCCAAAUAUUUGUGCCUCGAAGCGUCUAAAGCACUGCAUGGUCUAUAUUGUGCAGUCUUAUAUCAAGAUUAUUGGUAUCGAGCGAGAAUAGUCGGGCCACUGGUAGGAAGGCGUAUAAAGGUAAACUUCAUCGAUAUUGGUAUAGUCGAGCUUGUCGAACUUGGUAACAUGAAAUUUUUAGCCGAUAUAUUUGAUGCCAUUCCGGCACAAGCUAUAAGGGGUUCGUUGGCGUACCUGAUGCCACCGUCUAAUGCGUGGAACAUCGAGACAUCUGAAGCAUUGUCCUACUUGCUUACAUUCGAGGACUUUUUGUCUGCGUACGUAGUAAACAUCGAUCACGACCUCAACACCGUAGACGUUGUCCUGCAUAACAAGAGAGGAGACAUUAUAAAUAAAUAUUUUGCGUCAAUCAUCUCCGCUCAUUGGACUGGGGACAAUUAUUUAUCACAAAAACUCGAAGACUACCAACGAAGAAAUCGUACCUUCAAUGAAAGAUAUCCAACCUUCUUCUGCAUUGAGGAUGGCCAUUAUCCAACGCGAUGCGAAAUUCUAGAUGCAUAUAAGAGUAACAUAUAUUUUGAAGAGUUUUACACUCAUAUAACACAUGUUGAAGGCAACAAUAUUGUGGAGCAGAUUUCAAAGCUGACUAAUGAAAAAAUGGCGCAGACAUUCGGUAUUGAAAUCCACAAACACCCCACCGAGGAUAAAAUAUACGAAAGCGACUAG